GGCGAUGCAUCAUCGCCGAUUCAUUGGCAAUGGGAUGCAAUGCCAUCGCCCAAAGCACUGUUGCUAAACAGUGAAUGGCUACAACAGAAUAUGAGUCAAAUGUUAAAUAUAUCGGCAGAUAAUUUGACAAAUCUAAUAACGGCCAUACAACGAGAGCACAUUGUUCCCGAACGGGCACCGUUGCCAUUGCUGACCGUAUUGACGGUGUUCUAUUCGUUGAUAUUCGUGGCCGGUGUCCUUGGCAAUUUGAUAACCUGCAUUGUGAUAUCACGCAAUAAAAUUAUGCAUACAGCAACGAAUUUUUAUCUCUUCAAUUUGGCUGUGUCGGAUUUGAUAUUACUAUUAUCGGGUAUGCCACAGGAUUUAUAUAAUCUUUGGUAUCCAUACUCGUAUCCGUUCGAUGAUGUGCUGUGUGUCAUGGAAGGUGUUCUAUCGGAGACAGCUGCCAAUGCAACUGUCUUGACCAUAACGGCAUUUACAGUGGAACGUUAUAUAGCUAUUUGCCAUCCAUUUCGGCAGCACACCAUGUCGAAAUUAUCACGGGCUGUUAAAUUUAUAUUUGCCAUCUGGCUGACCGCGUUUGUAUUGGCCAUGCCACAAGCAAUGCAAUUUUCCGUUGUGGCAUCGUACGGUGGCACCGAGUGUACGAUAAAUAAUGACUUUUUUGCCCAUGUAUUUGCCGUGUCGGGUUUUAUAUUUUUCGGCGGACCCAUGACCGCCAUCUGCGUUUUGUACGUUUUGAUCGGGGUGAAAUUGAAACGUAGCCGUUUAUUGCAGACAGCUCCCCAGCGAUACUAUGUUGUGAAUCGUGGCAUCAGUGCUCAAACGCGAGUAAUAAGAAUGUUAAUUGCUGUUGCAGUGGCCUUUUUCUUGUGUUGGGCGCCAUUUCAUGCUCAACGUUUAAUGGCUGUGUACGGGUCAACAUCUGGCAUACAGUCGGAACUUUUCAACAAUAUCUUUCACAUUUUGGAUUAUACGUCAGGAGUGCUGUACUUUUUGUCCACCUGCAUCAAUCCGCUGCUCUACAAUAUAAUGAGUCAUAAAUUCCGUGAAGCAUUCAAGGUCACACUGGCUCGUCAAUUCUUCUCGGGCAGCAAAAAUCAGACACAAAAUCACAAUUACAGUGCACUGCUAAGGCACGGCAAUGGCUCACUACGUCUACAUCAUACCACGGAUAGCAUAAGGACCACAACAACAACGACGACCAUUAACAGCGGCAGCGGCGGAGGUGGGGGUGCAGUAGGCAGUGCCGGUAACUCGAUGCUGAACGGUUCGAGGGGCACAGGAACGGACAGUGCCACAUCCACGCUGAAGGGAACACAUCAUUGCAGUACCGCCCGGAAUUCCCAGUAUCGAGGACGUUGCAUGUCUAUGGGUUCCCAGUCAACAUUGGCCGCCAAUACUCCCGGCCCAGGUCAUCGUAUGCUGCAGACCCAAAUAUCUCAGCUAUCUUCGGUGGGUGAUGCCAACUCCCUUAUGGAAUGUGAUAUUGGUACCGGUUCCGGUGGUGGUGGUGGCGGCAAUUGUCGCCUUAAAGGUAUGCGCCGCCAGAGAUCACGGGGUGCCGACGAAUGCAUCUCCAUCGAUUCCACGUCACAAGCCAAUGUCCAGCUGUGGCGUGACGAUAAAAAACGUAACUCCAACAUGCAUGAAACAGAGUUAUACUCCAAACCCAUGGGUCCCCACAUAAUGGCUGCCACAAUGGUGGCCACCCAACCCAUACAGCCCAUGAAUUCCAUUGCAGAAUUGAGUAUAGAACGACCUAGUCGUUCUCGGCUCAAGCUAUCACGCAUCAUUACACGGCGUCACGAUGACGCCUUCGUUGUACAAUCCAUGCCUCGCGUAGAACUCAUGAAACCAUCAACCCCUCAUCACUAUCACAAAGAUCGUUCGUCGUCCAAGACCCUCAACUCUCUGGCGGAGAAAUUCAAGUGGCGAACGAAGCGAAAACCGGCCAACAAACAUCACAUUUCCUACUGUAGCAACAGCAACAACACCAAAGGCUCUUACGAUACAAUCGAAGCUCUAGAUGAGGCCAAUAAACCUGCCACAGCUCUAAUGAAGGUGGUAUACAGCGCAGCACCACCUCAGCAUCAAGUUCUGGAAUCGGAACUUGCCCUAAAUCAUCAUUCGGAAUCAUCGUUGGGCUAUCGUUCGCCGCAUGCCUUAUGA